AUGUUAGUAUUCUUAAUUUCAUUUCAUUUUCUUCAAGAUAUCAAUUUGGUCAGUUUGGAUGGUCAAACAGUACUUCAUAUCGCAGCUCGCUCGAUGAAUUCCAAGCAUCCUGAACAUCCUUCUUCAAUUAUGGAAUAUUUACUAAAUUAUCCGAAAACCAUGAUAAAUAUUCAAGACAGCCAUGGAAGAACACCGUUACAUUUUGCUGUCAUCUACAAUUGUAUAAGAAAUGCCAAGUAUCUGAUAGAAUAUGGCGCCAAUCUUGAUAUUCCCGAUAUUUAUGGUGCCAUUCCGCUUCAUUAUGCUUGUCGAUGCCUCGACAACAAUAAUGUGAUUGAUUUGUUCUUGAAUUAUUCACAAUUAUUUAAUCGUGAAACACAUGAUAAGAAGAAGCCUAUUGACAUUAUGAUCGAAUAUAAUGAUCCCGAUGUUAUCAAACAUUUUUUUGACCUCAGACCAGAAAAUAAAGUCUUGUCCAUGCUGAAACAACAAUACGAUGAAGCAAUCAAUUACGAUCCCAGUAGACUCUCUUUAGCUUGCCGCCAAUUGCAUGGUCUUAAAACAAUUUCUCAUCUGAUCAAUCCGCAUAGUAUCAUGUAUUGCGACAAACAGACGGGUUUGAGUCCAUUAAUGGUUGCUGUUCAGUAUCGCCAACUCAAAUGUGUCAACGAACUUCUGAACAACAAAUAUUUUACACAAGAAGCAUUUGAUUUAGCGAGUGAUGUCUCAUUUUGUACAGUAUUACAUGUUUGUACAAAAGUUUAUCAUAAAGAGAUCACUAAAGCACUAUUUAAUUCUCGUUUCAUGUCCAAUACAUUAGCUACCACUGCUGAUGUGUUGGGUAAUACACCUCUACAUACUUGUGCUCAAGUUGGUAAUGUAUACAUGACUCAAGUACUAUUAGGCUAUAUUAGCGGUCAUAAUUCGUCUUCAUAUUCACCAAAGUUUUUCAAAAUGAGCAACCACAAUGCUGAUAAGCGAAUGCAGCCAGAAUCAACAAUUCGUCAUGCUCAUGUAUUGCUGACAAAAAAGAAUAAAGAAAAACUAACACCUCUUCAUGUGGCUACUCAAGCUGGACAGUUGGAUGUCAUCAAUGAAAUGCUCAAAUAUGCUGAUGCAUCGAUGAUUAAUAUGUGUGAUGACCAACAACGUACAAGUUUGCAUAUGGCUGCUGCAAAAGGUCAUGUUGGUAUUGUCGAUAUACUUCUUGAUCAUCGAGCUGAUUCACAUGUUUCCGAUAUAAAUGAAUGGACACCAUUACAUCAUGCAACACGAUGUAGUCAAAAUGAUGAAGACAACAAAGAACGACCUCAAUGUAUUACCAGUCUCAUUACACGUGGUAUAAUCAAUAUCAAUGCUUUAACUAUUCGACGAGAGACACCAUUACAUAUUGCAUGUGAAUAUGGAUCGAGCAAACUUGUUAAGCAAUUGAUUGAAUUCGAUUGUGAUCUAUUUGCAACGAAUGUUGAUGGUCACAAUUGUCUCGAAGUAGCAAUUGAGGCAAACAACGAAGAAGUUGUUCGAUAUUUGAUUGAAAAUGACAAUUGUUUCGAUUUAAUGCGUAAUUCACAAAUACGAGAGAGAACACAUCCCUUCUGUUCUCUACUUCCUCGCCAAUGUGAAAUAGAUACACCGAUGCGAAAAUUGAUUCGUAAAAUGCCUUCAAUGGCUUUACUAGUGCUGGAUAAAUGUUCAAUGAUAGUGUAUACUAAAGGAAUGGCUGUACAUAAGAAUAUUUUUGUAUAUGAAUUUCUCGAUGAUCAAUUCACUGUUAACAAAUGGAAUAGAGAUUCAUCAGAAGAUGAAAAACAUGGUACAUUGUAUACUUCCAAUACGGUCGAUCUCGUUAUGAAACAUCCAUUAUUUUUAAUGGCUCAGUAUGAAGCCCAUGAUCUUAUGUCACAUCCACUCAGUAAUUAUCUUGUGAAGUUAAAAUUUCAAAAAUUCGGUAUUUUUCUCUAUAUUAUGAUUCUCUCACUAUAUAUUACUUAUCUCGGAUUAUUUACAACGAUCGUAUUACGUACGCAUCAUCCAGCAACUUAUUAUAAUCUUACAAAUAUUGAUUUCGAUGAUUCUUUAUGUUAUAAUGUUUCGCAAGUACUUCUGACAUCAUCUACUCAUGGCGGUAUAAAAACAACGAUGGACUAUUUUUUGAAAUAUGUAAUGUACAUGGCUAUUUGGUCACUUGUCUUUAAAAAUAUGUUUACUAUCAUUGAAAUUGUACAAAUUGAUUUCUUCAAAACAUUAAGAUAUUGGUUAGAAACUCUUGCAGUUUUAAUGAGUUUUAUCUUCGUGCAUGAUCGAAACUAUCAGAUGAAUCUCACUUUACGCUGUCCACUUCAAUGGGAAUUUGGAGCAUUUGCUUUACUUCUUAGUUGGUUAACUUUACUCGGCUACAUUCAGUUUAUACCAAUGUUAGGCCUUGGAUUUGCAUCCACAUUUUAUAUGAUUUUUCAAAACUUUGAACCAUUUCAAAAUAAAAGUUACUCUUACAUCAAAACAGCACUAAUGAUAUCUGGAGAAUUAGGCUUUGAUGAACGUAUGUUUGAUGCAGACACGAAAGCCUAUUAUAAGGUGGCUUUUAUAGUUUAUCUUCUGUUUCUUCUCAUUAUGACAGUAUUCGUAACAAAUCUCCUUAUUGGGUUGGCCGUUGGUGAAAUUCCAACACUAAUGAAGCAAGCAACCGAAAAUCUCACGAGAUUAUUUUAUGAACUUGUUGUUAUAUGUGAAAUUUUUCGUUAUCGAUUAAUUUGGAUUCUUCGUCGCAGUAAUGUGAAUGAUGCCAUUGCAUAUAGUUAUCAAGAUUUGGAUAAAAAUAAUUGGCAUCAACGAAUGAUGCAACGAUUCAUGAAGCGACGCGCUGAUGAUAAUAAUAAUGAAGAUUCGGAUGGGUGUGAGUGUGAGUGA